GAGUGCGUCAAAAUGGCGAGCCAGCGCAAUGUUCUGUCGACGCUGAAGGCUUAUGCGGGGGAUUCGGACUCAGACAGUGAUACCGGGACAGGCACGAAAGGAGGAUUGGUGUCUGCUGGAUAUGGAGAGGAUGAUAUGAGCCGGGUAGAAGAGGUGGAUGAGCUGGAUGAAGAGGAUGAAAGUAGUAGUCCAUUGGAAGGUGAAGAUUCAGAAAAGGAGCUGCCGGAGUUGGAUGGUGUUAAGGAGUUCAUCGAUGUGGAAAAGAAGAAUCCCCAGGAACUAGUUGCAUCAUUUUCAGAAAAAGUGAGGAACAUGUCCCCAGAUGACAUCAAAAUACCCCCUGAACCCAUGGGAAGAUGCUCCAAUCAUCUACAGGAGAAGAUUCAGAAGUUGUAUGACAGAAAGCUAAAUGAAGGGCUUGAUAUGAACAAUAUCAUUCAGAGAAAAAAAGAAUUCCGCAACCCCAGUAUUUAUGAAAAACUGAUCCAGUUCUGUGGCAUUGACGAACUAGGCACCAACUAUCCAAAGGACAUGUUUGACCCUCACGGCUGGUCAGAAGACUCGUACUAUGAAGCCCUAGCGAAAGCACAGAAAAUAGAAAUGGACAAGAUAGAGAAAGCCAAGAAGGAGCGGACAAAGAUUGAAUUUGUAACUAGAACAAAAACAGGGACCAAUACCAGUUCUAGCACAGCUACAACGACCACAACAAGCACAACAAUAGCAGCAGAUUCUCAGAAACGAAAAAGUAAAUGGGACUCAGCAGUACCUGUGACAACGAUCGCGCAGCCAACAAUCAUUACCACUACUGCCACUCUACCAGGAGUCGUCACAGUGACUACCAGCUCCACUGGGGCGAAAACCACUGUCAUUUCUGCAGUGGGGACCAUCGUGAAGAAAGCCAAGCAAUGAGUUCUGGUUGGGAGUGCAAUCUCAGGGAAGCACUGGAAAGCUGGCAAUCUCAAGCCCUUCAGAGCCAGCCUUGGAUCCAAGAACUUUUCUUCCUGUGUGUAACAACCAACUCCUCACUGUGUGCAAAUGUGUUACAGACCCCCAGGAGAACCCUUCAUUGCCCCAGCCAGAUAUCACUGUACUGUAAUCUCUCAGCUGGAAGUGUCCUGGAUGAGCACUGAAGAGCCUGAGUGAUUUGCAUAGUGGGAAGUACAACCUGUAACCUGGAUAAAUGGGAAAGUGGGCUGGGGUGAAUGGUUUAAGGGGUGUGGAAGGAUAAGGACAGGGAGGUAGUGAGGAUGAGACCAUAGAACAGAGGCAAAGAAACUGCUCAGACAUAAAUGGAUAUUGAUUGAGAUUUUGUUCUGCCUCACCACAGUCUGUUGCUUCUGUGUUGUGUGUUUCCUAGGAAAACCUGCUCACAAUAGUCUAUGAUAUUAUAAAGUGCUGUAAACUGCUGCCAGUGUGUAAACAAAUAAAAACUUUUUAUAUU